GAUUUUACAGAGACGUAUAACAGCGCAGGUGCUCCAGAACUGAAAUUCCGAUCUUGUUUACCGAAUGGUAGCCAUAAGUUGUGUGAUGUUCACAAAAUUGACGAUCUGACCAUCCUGGAUACAGUAUACAGCCCAGAAAAGAAGAGAUUCUUCAUUGUGGAUUUAUUACAUUGGAGACAUUACCCGUACUAUGACACAGAGGCAGAGUUCCGGUUCUUUGUCUUGCCAUCCAAAUAUUCCGAACUGGACCGUCCCACAGAAAUUGAUGACGACAAUGAGCAUCCGUUGGAAUUACUAGAAAAGUAUCCCUGCACGCUUGAAAAGAUAGAGGAAGUUCUUAAAAGUACCACAUUCAAGGUUGAAGGGCUAUUGUUUAUCAAGAAGGAUUCCCUGUACGUGACCAAAGAUUCGGAGGAAGUCCUGUGGCUCAAGCUGGACAAAAUGGAAAAGGUGCUGGGCGUGAAGGUGCCGGAGGGCGUCACGUUUGCCAACACCAACAGCCGGGACGAGAAGCGACGCACGGAGCAGGAGGACAGGAAGAAGCUGAAGCUGGAGAGAAUGGCCGCCCGGCAGAAAGAGGCAGCGGACAAAGCCCGGAGGCUGGCGGAGGCGGAGUUGAAGUCGAAAGAGGAGAACGCGUCUGAGGAGAACGGUGAAGGGGGCAAUGAUAAUACGGAGGCGUGCGACGGGGAACGGGGUUCUAGUGCACAACAGGAGGAGAAUGAGGGAGGGGAGUGAAAGGUUGCUUGAGGGUAGUUGGGAAAACAUGCGCUUUCUUGUCGUAUCUUCAUCUUUUUAAAACGGUGAAAAAUGUGACCUCUUCUUAAGCUCACUCUUUGAUAUGAAGUGUUUUCACUCUUGUUAUUAAGAAUGUAGAUAUGACAAGAAAGCACUGGGGUCGCGAUGUGUUCACUUGGAAAGGUGCGAGUGUAUGAGGUGUGCUGAGUGUGUUUGUGUGGAUGAUAUCCGGGAAAAAUUGAUUAUGAAUUUAUUAUUUUUUUUACGUCAAAACGUUAAGUA